GACAAUCAGACGGAUCAUGCUGCUCGGAAAGCGUGUACGUCAAUUCGUUUCCUAAAAAUCGUGUUAUCCAUGGCUGUGCAUUGUUGUUGGAUCGUUUCUUCCUGAAAUCAUAUCAAAAUUCACGCGUUUGAUCGAAAUAUUAAUUAUAAUUGUGAUCUUUUGUGCUCCUAGCUCAGUUUUUGUUUAGUGUUCGCUCUUUUAAUUGGAUUAUCUCAGUUUUUUGGCCAUCGAAGAAAUCAAAUUCAAGAAACAUUAAGCUCCACGACGGAUCAGUAAGUACGGUAUCCUAGUGACAUUAUCGCCUUAUCACAGUGAAUUAGUGCAUUCGCGAGUGAACUAUCACAGUGAACGUCAUGCAAAACGUGCAGGACAGUCCGGUAUCCAGACUGCAAGAGGUAGAGAAGCAUGCUUCGUCCGGAGACGUGUCCAUGUCGCCGGACAUGUCGGUGAGCUGUCCGGUGGACACUGUGAUCAAACGUAUCCGUCAUCACGUGAACGGUGGCAGUAGCUGUGAUAUCCGCGGGCAUCGCGUCCCUUCGUCCGAUAACGGUGAUAAGUCCGGCUGCCAGGCUGGACCUGUGAUAAACGACCAAAAUUGUGAUAGUAGUGACUGUUUCGAGAGUACUCUAGUGGCGGACAAGUAUCAAUUAUUUGAGCAGGCGGUGGGUAGUUCGUUGUAUAGAUGUAUCGAUGUAAAUACUAGCGAGGAAUUAGUUUGUAAGAUCGUGUCCCGCGACAACUACUCCCUCAUGUCCGCCCAUUACCGGCUAGACUCCCACCCCCGCGUCCAGCCCCUGCACGAGGUGGUCUCGGGCGACCGCUACCUCUACCUGGUGUUCCCGCGCGCCCACGGCGACCUGCACUCGUACGUGCGCCACCGGAAACGGCUCCGGGAGUCCGAGGCCCGGAGGCUGUUCCGCCAGAUCGCCGACACGGUGGCGCUGUGCCACCGGAACGGCAUCGUGCUCAGGGACCUGAAGUUGAGGAAGUUCGUGUUUGCGGACGAGGAACAAACGGAAUUGAAGCUGGAAUCGUUUGAGGACGCGGUAGUACUGGAAGAACCCGAAUCAGAUUGGCUGCACGACAAAAGAGGCUGUCCAGCGUACGUUAGUCCGGAAAUUUUAAAAACUGGACACUAUUCGGGGAAAGGUGCCGAUAUGUGGUCCCUGGGAGUCAUCCUGUACACCAUGAUCGUUGGAAGAUACCCCUUCAACGACAAAGGCCACCUCAACCUCUUCGCCAGGAUAUCCAGCGGCUCCUUCACCAUUCCCGAGUGCGUCUCGCCCAGAGCGAGGUGCCUGAUCAGAUCCCUUCUGAGGCGGGAGCCUUCUGAGCGGCUCAGUUCGGAAGACAUCCUCCUGCAUCCCUGGCUGGCCAAGGAGGACAGAGAUUGGGUAUCGAGAACCUGCGACCAAAUGGUUCCUGAGUGCAGUAUGUACGAUGAUUAGGAUUUGGGCAAUAAUAGUUAGCGCGUAGAAUGAACGAAUGUCGAAUUAGAGAGAAACGAAAGCCUUUAGUGAUGUUAGAUAUUGGAUGAGGCAGAUUAAAACACGUCUAUAGAAGUCGUUAUUCAGAAAUAAAUUAUCGUUGUUGGUUAUAAUUCAAAGGUGACCGUGACGCUGUUUUUUUUUCAAUAGUAUGGUAUUUUUACCAUUAGAUUUUAUUAAUCUGCCUCGGGAUUGAAAGGUUGGGUUUAAUCCUGGAUCAUUGAAGAAAAAGACCAAGGAAGGAGCAUAUAAACAAAAUUUUCGUGAUCGCGAUGGGGCUUUAAUAUGGCUGACUUAGAUUCCGCUAUAGCAGUGGUGUUUAGUUUUAUUUAAUUCGUGUUAAAAUAUAAAGUAUGGAAGCGUCAAUAAUUUGCUGGUUUUGUUUGACAUUGAGUCAAUAUAUUUUGUAAAAAAAUAUUAUAUUUCUCAUAAAAAUCAAUAAGUUACCAAUAUAAUAUAAAAUCAAUAGCUGGUAGCUCCUCUGUUUUUCUAUCUCACACUCUCUUUUUUAUGAAUAAACACCAAAAUAAUUGAUAUUUCUAAUUGAAUGAUCAAAAUAUUUUUACAGGCUUAGCUUACAUUUGCCUAUUUUUUUCAGUUUUUUCAGAGGUUUACUGUAAAAAAUCUACAGAGAAUAAAAUUAAUUUAAGUAUUUUUUUGUACAAAUUUAAAAACGUGAAUUUAUAAACAUACAUAUUGUGGAUAACGUAGGAGGUGGCAACAUUGCAUUCUCUCGAAGCACUAUAAACAAAUUUCCGGAAACUGAACAAGCGGCACUCAAAAGUUUAUUUUCCGGAAAAUGU